AUGAGCAAAGACAAGCCGACAAUGCCGAUUCCUAGAUCACCGGUAAAAGGGGCUAAAAAACAAACCGCGAGCGAGGAAAUAAACGUGAUUACGCAAGUAACGGCGGAAGCGGAACGGCUUAAAGAACAGAAUAGCAAGUUACGCGAAGAAAUGGAAUACCUGAAAGAAAAGUUAGAAGAUUUAAAAACGGAUAGGGAAAAUGGACCAGGAAAAUCGGAGGAAGAUUACGCGAGAGAAUCGGGCGCGCGAAGGCGACGCGAUAGACCGCAUCAAACGCGAGAAAAUACCGCGUACGCGAGCAAUAGUCUAGGAGAGGAAAAUACAAACAUGUUAGGAAACGUUAGAUUACCGCGGGGCGGGUGGUUAAUGGACCCAUUCGCGGAGAUAAAAUAUAAGAGAAGAGAGGAUGGACAAAAUCCAAUAAAGUUUCUGAGAAAAUUCGAGAAAAUCGCGGAUUACGAAAAUAUCGAUUAUAGAGACCAGUUACAUUACUUUAAGAAAUGUAUGAAGGGAAACGCGAGUAAUUGGAUAGAGGUAAAUGAUCCGGACGAUAUUGAAGAAGCGAAAGAGUCUUUCCGGGAAUAUUUCUGGGGCGACGAACAACAAGCGAGAUUUCGAGAAAAUCUAUAUACCGGGAAAUACAAAUCGGAAAAGGGAGAAACGAUGGCGGAAUACGCGAUGAGCCUUGCGAGACAGGCAAAGUAUUUAGAGCCACCGAUGAGCGAUCACGAGAUAAUUAGGUGCGUGAAAAGGCAUUUUGGAAACAAAAUUGCGCGAGAAAUACGACCGUCGACCGCGAAAUCAAUCGGCGAGUUAACCAGUCUAUUAGAUGAUAUGGAAUAUGAGAAAAAGAUAGUUAAGCAAUCGAGAAGACAGAAUACGGAAGAAAAUCAGUUAAAUGCGAGGAAAACGUACGAUACAAGGCAAAGGCCGGAAACCGCAUUUAGGGAUAACGGACCGAGAAGAUUCAACGAACAAUAUCCGCGAUACGGACCCGAUAGAAUUUCGGAAAUACCGAAUAGCGAGGGUGAUAACGAGAAUAAAAGAGUCGUAGGAUACGGUAGAAAUACAGCGCGAGAUAGGAUAAGGGAAGACAAAAUAGUACCAAAGGCGCAGACAACAAAGAAACGCGUCGAGAAAAUAGAGAGAGAAAGAUAUAGCGGAGAGGAAGAAAGCGAAAUAGAAUCUCAGGAAGAAGAUAGAGAAAGCGAAUCAGCAAUCGCGAGUAUAAGAACAGAAAAUAUAUUAAAAGAUGUAGACGAGGUGUUCUACGAAGAUCAAGCGAAAAUAAAAAUACAGAAAGGACCGUUCGUAACAGCGACGUUCAAGAAAUUAAACGUAAAAUGCCUGAUCGACACAGGGGCACAAGUAUCCGCGAUGAGCAAGGAAAUAUACGAUCAAUUGAAACAAAACGGGGUCAAAAUGGAAAUACAACCGGUAGAGAAGAUGCAACUAAGAGAAAUAGUCGAAGUAUUAAUGAGCGACGAAGCCGAAUCGGACGCGGAAAAUCGCGGAAUAAAAGAUUUUGACAAGAAAGAAAGAGGCGAGCGAGCAAAGGAAAAUAUGAUAGAAAGAAUUGUAGAAGAAGAGGAAGGUAAAAGUAUCGCGAUGUUAAAUUUACACGGACCGUUUUUCGGGGCGAGAUCGGAACAGAAAUACGCGUUAUCGUUAACCGAUGCACGAAACGGAUCAAAAAAGACAUACUAUAUGCCGGACAAAAGAUUAAAGACGUUGACAGAUACGAUCGCGAACAAAUAUUUAAAAACAGAAAGAAAACCGGACAUAAUAGUUACGGACAGACAGGGACAAUUCAGAAAUGAUAAGUGGAGAAUAUUUUGUAACAGGAUGGGAAUGAGAGCACGCACGUUAAAUCCCACGGUGAAUAUAGCGAGAAAUUCCAGGGAAAUAGAAAUUCACGUAAUAGACCUGCAAGAAGAGGAGGAAAAUAUAAUGGAGCAAAACAGAAAGAUUCAGGAUAUGAGAAGUCAAUUAGCCACUAUACAAGUGAGAAAACAAAAAGAGACAGAGGUAAUACCAAGCCCGAUGCAGCUGUGCCAAAAGGCCAAAGAAAAAGAAAGACAUAGAAAUCCAAAAGAGGUGGAUAGCAGAGACUGCGAAGAAGUCAGGUCAAGAAGGGGGAGUGACGUUGACAGCGUGGCAAAGAAAUCUGAAAGAAGAAAAGAGACACACAAAGAAUCGAGAUCGAAUCAAGGAAAUGUGAAAGAAAGCAGAGAAAAGGAUAUACAUAUCUUAAACCAGUCCAUCCAGAAUGAGAAAGGUGAAGAAAACAAUCCUAGUCCAACGAUGACAUCGAGGGACCUGAAACAUAAAGAGACUAGAAGGGGGAGCAGCAUGAGAGAAAGUGAAAAUGAAAAGAUACUUACCAAUCCUCAGCCUAGAAGGGGGAGCGAGCAAGCAAAGAGCCUGAAGAGAUCCAUAGGACACAGCAGCGAAGCAGAAACAGGGGACGAAUCGAUGAGAGAACCUGUAAAAAAGAAGAGAAUUAACCAAGAGGCUUUUGAAUUGAUGUUACGAGUGAAGGAUAUAUUAAGCGAACAGAUACCAGCCAAAAAGAUGCUGGCAAAGAUACAAAUAAGUAAGUGCAAAGCAUACAUAGAUAAGGAAGGCAAAUGCGAUGUAAUUACAAAGACAUGCACUGAGAGACUAACUAACGAAGGACUAAAUAUGACUUACGUGCAAAAGGAAGACCUUAUACCAGAUUGUAUCAAAGAAAUAAGCGAGAUGGGAGUAAGAAUGAUACAAUUGAGGGCAACGAUAGACGAUAAGGAAAUAGAAAUACACCCAAUAGUAUUAUUCGGCAGGAAGGAUGCGAUUAUACUGGGAAAGGAGUCAUACGAGAAGCUUACCUGGCUACAAAAGAAAUGGAGAGAGCAAGUCCAGCCAAUGGUGCAAAGCGACGAGCAUAUCCAGAUGAGGGAACCAACAGCGAGUGACAAAGAGACGAUGGAACAGCCCAAGGGAGUAGCACGAAAGGCAGGAGCAUACAAGUACGUUACCAUGUCAAAAUACUACAGAGAGCUGAAAAGAGAAAAACGACAAUUAAUAGAUUUAAUGCAUGAUACAUAUAAGGACGAGCGCGAACGAACAGAUAUGUUACGCGAUAGAUUAAUUAGACUUAGAAAAAGACACAAAUUUGUAAUCCAACGGCGGAGAAAAGGACCAACAGCGAACGAGAGGGACAUCGGCCAAAGGAGAGAAUCAGCAGACCCGGAUAAUUCGGAAGAAACCGGAAGCAGCGUACGAAAGAAACAGGCGAGAGACGUCCAGGCUAAACCAAGGGUGACGCAACACUUGGUGGGAAAAUUCGUAGACCCAGGCGGAAAAACGUUCGAGACAAGGUUGUUGGAAACUAAAAUCCAACGGGACCAGCAGCAGACAUUGGACCUCGAAAGCGAGAAAUGGUUCGAGGAAUACCAGCAAAAAGAAAACGUGGUGCCCAAUCAACAAAAAGGGGACCAUAUCGAAAGCCCGGCGGGAAGCAGCUCGAGGCAUGAAAGUUACAACAUGCAAUCGGAGAAUCACUCGCCGGUGAGGAAGAAACGGAAGGCGAUAAAAAUCGUAUCCAGCGAAGAUGAGGCUGACAACGAGAACCAGACCACAUCAGAUCGCACCAACCACAGCCCGGUUUUUGGGAAAGUUCUCUCGAAAUACGUACCGAAUUUCGAGAAAACUUUAGAAGGGGGUAUGCGAUCGGCUGGAUCGGUCCCCGUUGAGGAGAUACGCGGGGGUGCCUGGGAAAGCGAGGAGGACAACACAGGGUGUGGUCCAAGGGAACGCGGAAGCAGCCUGUGCAGGAAGGACGAUCUGAGAGGCGUUUUGGAGCAUCGACGGAGGGCCGUCUGA